UGAUGCCUUUUCUUAUCUCUCUGCUGACAAACCAGCAUCCUUCAUCUGGUGUAUUUAAGGCCGCCGAAGGAUAUCAGCCUUUGCCUUCACUGCACAAACGAGAGGCUCGGAGAGAGAGUCAAGCCCAAGGAUCCCUGACAGCUUCAAAAAGACCGGUGUGAAGAUGCUGCCAGCUACUUUCAAGCUGUGCGCCGGCAUCUCCUACAGACACUUGCACAACAUGACAGGCUUGAAAAAAAGGGCAGCCGUCACCAUCGUGCAGGAGCUGAACAAAUUAGCCUUUUCGCAACCUGGCCCCGCGAAGUGGAUCAACCAGGUCCGCAGAAGGAGUUCUUUGUUGAGUUCUAGGCUGGAAGAGAACCCCUUCAGUGACAUGGAGAUGUCCUACAUUAAGCAAGGCGAGGAGGCCCUUCAGAAGUCCCUGAAAAUCCUUGAAGGACAGGAUGGAUGGAAAACGGAGACCGUCCUGGGCAAUGGUGAUAAAGUCCUAAGCAAAGUCCUCCCAGAUGUGGGAAAGGUCUUUCGCCUUGAGGUGGUAGUUAAUCAACCCCUGGACUGUGUCUAUGGUGAGCUGGUGGAAAGGAUGGAGCAGAUGGGAGACUGGAACCCAAAUAUCAAGGAAAUCAAGAUUCUGCAGAAAAUUGGGAAGGAUACUGUGAUCACGCAUGAAACUUCAGCUCCAACUCCCGGUAACAUAGUCGGCCCGCGGGACUUCGUGAGCGUGCGCUGCGCCCAGAGACGGGGCUCCACAUGCGUUCUUGCCGGCAUGUCCACCAAGUAUGCAGCAAUGCCUGAGCAAAAAGGCGUCAUCAGAGGCGAAAAUGGUCCCACGUGUAUGGUCCUUCGGCCACUCGCUGGAGAUCCCUACCAGACCAAACUGACCUGGCUUCUCAGCAUUGACUUGAAGGGAUGGCUGCCGAAGACGAUAAUCAACCAAGUCCUUUCCCAGACGCAGGUGGAUUUUGCUAACCAUCUUCGCAACCAUUUGACCAGCAAUUCCACCUCUGCACAGGCUGUAUCCUGUUGAAGCAAGUCGAACCUUUCCACCUCCCGCUGCUUCCGGAUGACGACUUCAGACUCCAAAACCACUCAUGCUGGCAUCUUUCUGGAGCAAGUGGAGCCCACUGCUCUAGGAAGAUGGCACAACAAUAUUUUCUGAUGGGGGCAGGUUGCUUGUA